AUCCCUCUCUCGCUCCCUCCAUCUCUGAUGGCUCUAUGGGGCGUCAUCAGCCUCAGCCUUCACUGCUGGGUGUGUUUGCGGUCGGCGGUAACAGCGUCAGCAGCAACAGCCAGCCUCCCAAAUGACAAGCCUGGGGGCCCCCUGGACUGGCUCCUGUCUGAUAAGGGGCCCUUCCACCACUCCCCUGAGUACAUUGACUUUGUGGAGAAGAACCGCCAAGGCUUCUCCACCAGAUACAAGAUAUACAGGGAGUUUGGGAGAUGGAAAGUGAACAACUUGGCUGUGGAAAGGAGAGAUUUUUUGGAGUCUCCGUUACCUCUGACUUCUGAGUUCAUCAGGAACAUUCGACUCCUGGGCCGCAGACCCACCACCCAGAUGAUCACUGACAAUCUGAUCAGGAAGUAUGGGACUCACUUCCUGUUGUCAGCUACACUGGGAGGAGAAGAAGCCUUAACAAUAUUUGUUGACAAGAGAAAACUGAGUAAGAAAGCAGAGGUGAGCGAUUACUCGGGUAACUCCUCCACUGUGACUCUGGAAGCUCUGCAUCAGCUGGCUGCCUCCUACUUCAUCGACAGGGAGAGCACUCUGCGCAAGCUGCACCACAUCCAGAUCGCCUCCACUGCCAUCAAGGUGACGGAAACCCGUACAGGUCCUCUUGGAUGCAGUAACUAUGACAACCUUGACUCUGUUAGCUCUGUGCUGGUUCAGAGCCCUGAAAAUAAAGUCCAGCUGCAAGGCUUGCAGGUGAUCCUUCCAGACUACUUGAGAGAAAGUUUUGUGCAGGCUGCACUCAGCUACAUAGCCUGUAAUGGAGAGGGUGAAUUUGUUUGCAAGGACAAUGACUGCUGGUGCAACUGUGGCCCCAAGUUCCCAGAGUGCAACUGCCCCUAUAUGGACAUCCAAGCCAUGGAGGAGAGCCUGGAGAGAAUAACAGAGACAUGGGGAUUGCUUUACAAAGAGUUUGAGGAAUCAGAUGAAUUCAAGGCAUUCUAUGCGAGGUUACCGCAUAACUAUUUCCUGAACGUUUCAACUAUCCAACACUUGUGGUCCCUGGACAGCCUUUUCCAGUGGCGAUAUGAGCAGUUGGAGAACAGCAUGCGGGUCCUUUCCAGACGAGCCCAGAGAGUCAUCUUCAAGCUCUUCAGUCUGAGUAAAAGAUGUCACCGGCAGCCCCAAGUCCGCCUACCAAGAGAAAGGCCUCAGUCCUACUGGCUGAGUCAUUUCCAGUCUCUCCUGUAUUGCUCAGAGAACAGCCAGCUUGGUGCAUUCUCUGAGGAACUCCACAGCUGCAGCUGCCGAUAUGAACAUAGCCCCUGUCAGCUGCCUCCACCCUGCUCUGUUGGGGAAGGCUCUGCCUGUGCGGUGUGUGCACUAGACAACCACACCCGCUGCGGGAGCUGCAACCCAGGCUUCGCCCUGGUGCAGGGGGCCUGCAGGCCCAUGGUGGCAGACUCUACAGAGAACUACCUGGGAUUUGAGACAGACCUCCAGGAUUUGGAGCUGGGCUACCUACUACAGAGAGCUGACCGCAGGCUAGAGGUCCAUGCGAUCUUCAUCAGCAAUGACAUGCGACUCAACAGCUGGUUUGAUCCAUCAUGGAGAAAGAGGAUGCUCCUGACAUUGAAAAGCAACAAGUACAAGUCUAACAUGGUCCACAUGCUGCUGGGGAUAUCCCUUCAGAUCUGCCUUACAAAGAACAGCACACUGGAGCCUGCCCUUACUCUCUACAUCAACCCCUUUGGCGGGAGUCAUUCUGAAAGCUGGUACAUUCCUGUCAAUGAGAACAAUUUUCCAGACUGGCAGGCCACCAAGCUGGACCUGCCCUUCGAGUGUUAUAACUGGACUCUGACACUAGGCAACAAGUGGAAGACGUUCUUUGAAACCAUCCAUAUCUACCUUCGUAGCAGGAUAAAGACUCAGGAUGGAGUAAAUGACAGCGUUUAUUAUGAGCCUUUAGAAAUGACAGAUCCUGGUCGUAACCUGGGCUACAUGAAGAUUAACAGCAUCCAGGUCUUUGGCUACAGCAUGCACUUUGACCCAGAAGCGAUUCGUGACUUGAUUCUGCAGUUGGACUACCCAUACACCCAAGGUUCCCAGGACACUGCCAUGCUUCAGCUCUUGGAAAUACGUGACCGGGUGAACCGGCUGUCCCCUCCAGGUCAACAGAGGUUGGACCUGUUUGCCUGUCUUCUCCGACAUCGGCUUAAACUGACUGCCAGCGAGGUGGUUCGCAUUCAUGCCUCCUUACAGGCCUUCAGCUCACGUCUGCCCAAUUCGUUGGAGUACGAGACCACCAAGUUGUGCAGUUAA